GAAAUUCUCUUCACUUCUCGCACAUCACCAUCUCUCAGUCUUCUAUACAUCUUCUAUUUUCAUUAGGCUCUUCAUCCUUAUUUUAUAAGGAAAAAAAAUUAUUAGGAUUUUCAAAAUGUACUCAUUAGUAUCGAAAUGGUUUUUUUUAAUCAUCUUCUUAGACAUAUCAAUAAUUUGUGUUUUAGGAUUUAGAUUUCCUAGACUAGGAAUAAUUUCACAAAAUACUAAAAUGCAGUAUCAUGACAAUAGUAUUAUUAACAUAUCUUAUUACACUCAAAGAUUAGACCAUUUUAAUUAUAAACCCGAAAGUUCUAUCACAUUUAAACAAAGAUAUGUGAUAGAUUUUAAAAAUUGGGGUGGUUCUAAAUCGGGAGCACCGAUUUUUGUAUGGUUUAACGGCGAAACUUCUUUAGAAGACGGAAUUGACGCGGCUGGAAUUCUUAAAGACAACGCUCUUCGUUUCAAAGCUCUUCUUUUAUACAUUGAGCAUAGGUACUAUGGAAAAUCAUUUCCAUUUGGCUCAAGUGAAGAAGCUUUGAAAAAUGCAAGUACUAUGGGAUAUUUAAAUUCAGCGCAAGCAUUAGCAGAUUAUGCUGCUAUUCUUUUAGACAUUAGAAAAACUCUCAAUGCUCAUGACUCUCCUAUCAUUGUUUAUGGAGGUUCUUACGGUGGAUUGCUUGCAGCGUGGUUUCGGCUAAAAUAUCCUCAUAUUGCAUAUGGUGCUUUAGCUUCAUCUGCCCCGAUUCUCUAUUUUGACGGUGUUGCCCCAAAACAUGGAUAUUAUUAUAUUGUAUCCAAAGAUUUUAGGUCAAUGUUUCAACCAAGACCUUUUAAUAUGGAAAAUUAUCUCGAUUCAUGCGAGCAACAAUAUAGUGUAAUUCCACUGCCUCAUUGGAUAAUAACAUAUUAUGGCGGUCAGGAUAUAAAAUUAGUCUUCAAAAGAUUUGCCAGUAAUAUAAUUUUUUCCAAUGGAUUAAAAUAUCCAUAUAGCUCAGGCGGGGUAUUGGAGAGUUUGUCACCCAGUCUGAUUGCUCUUACCACGGUCAAUGGUACUCACUGCUUGGACAUCCUUCCAGCACAACAAAAUGAUCCUAAGUGGUUGAUCAAUCAAAGACACGUUGAAAUAAAUAUCAUUGCAAGCUGGAUUGCAGAAUACCAAGCUGAUAGAUUAAUUUGUUAAUAAUGGGUAAUAUAUAGUUUUUUUUUUUUUGGUGGUUUCUUUCUUUGUAUAUAUUAAAAGGCAAAGCAAGUUCCGCAUAAUAGUAAUAAUCAUUAAGUCAUUAUUAGUGUAUAAAUUAAAGAAAAAGGCAAAGCAAGUUCUGCAUAAUAGUAAAACAAUCACCGCAAGGAUAACCAAAACCAUAAAACUAAAAAUCAAGCAGAGUAAUAUAGCAAACAAUUGAAACAAAUCUAAGAAAAUUCCACAUAUAAAUUCAGGAAGCUUUCAGGAAUAGAGUUAAAAAGAACAUUUUUUUUAUUUCAACAGGGCCUACAGCCCAAAGUUAAAAUGAACAAUAUAUAUAUAUAAAACUACUAGUUAAGACACCAUCGCCAUGGAAUGUGCCUCUAGGAGAGCAACAAAAUUGGAGGAAAACAGAAAAAAAAAUAAAAGAAAUUUCUACCCUAGAUUUUUUCCCCCCCAUAUAUAACUUGUUAUACAAGUUAUAGCCUCUAUUAAUUUCAAACAAAUAUAGAGAUGUGAUUGAAGAAAGGAAAAAAAGAAUUGCGAUGCUAACUAUAACAUGCUCAAUGUACAAAGUAAAAAGCUACACUCACUCUCGGGCUUUUUGAAACUGUUGAUCAAGUGAAUCUAUUAAAGUUACCCAAGACCUCCAAAACUUUUGACACCACUCUUUGAUUGAGGCUGGCAUCACCAAGGGGGGAAAUAGUUAUAAAAUAUUCAAAUUUAAAGAAAAAAUAACUAAUUAAUUAAUAGAAACAAUUAUUUGUAUAACCACAAUAAGCAUUUUACUUUAUCAAAAUUACAAUGCAUAUUACUUUUUGCAUUGCAGUAAAAAAUAGUAAACAAAAUCAGUCAUUGCAAAAACACCAAAGUAGUGUCAUAUUCAAAAGAAAGAAGCUGAACUACUAACUUUAGACCAAAAGCUUUAAAGUUGAUUGUUCAUACAUAAUUACCAUACUUAUAAUCUGGG